GCGCAGCCAUUUCGUUAUAAAACCAUAGAGAAGUUGGACCAAUGCUAUCAUCAACGCUUAAACCAAGCAUGGGUUCUUUCUUUCCUUACACCAAUGCUACACCCUUUAUUAUUUCUAACUCCUCUUUGUUCUGCCUAUCCUUCCCAAACACAUCUCAACUUUCCAUUACCAAAAAACGAAACCAUCCUUAUGUUCCCAGGGUAAUUUCUUGCAAAGCCACAAAUGAUGAUCACCAAAACCCUAUCACUAGGAGAGAUGUACUCAUUAGUCUAGGAGGAUUCUGUGGUGCAACCACUCUUGGUGACCCGUUUGCCUUUGCUAAGCCAAUCUCAACCCCAGAACCAACCAAAUGUGGCAAAGCAGACUUGCCGAACUAUGCCAAACCCCCCACCAACUGUUGCCCUCCAACAUCCACAAAGAUAUUAGACUUUAAGCUUCCUUCUUCACAGUCUCCAUUGCGCAUUAGACCUGCAGCUCAUUUGGCUGAUGAUGCUUACAUAGCCAAGUACUCCAAAGCUGUUAAGCUCAUGAAAGCCCUCCCUGAAGAUGACCCUCGUAGCUUUAUGCAACAAGCCAAAGUUCACUGUGCUUAUUGUAAUGGCGCUUAUGAUCAAGUGGGGUUUCCAGACUUACAAAUUCAAGUUCAUAACUCGUGGCUUUUCUUUCCCUUUCAUAGAUACUAUCUCUAUUUCCAUGAAAAAAUCUUGGGAAAACUGAUUGAUGAUCCAACUUUCGCUUUGCCUUAUUGGAACUGGGAUUCCCCCAAAGGAAUGCAAUUACCAGCCCUAUAUGCUAACCCUAAAUCACCACUUUAUGACCAGUAUCGCAACAAGAAUCACCAGCCGCCAACAAUAGUUGAUCUUGACUACAAUGCCACCGAAGGCCCCACACCAGAACAAGAAACAAUUUCUAGCAAUCUUACCAUAAUGUACAGGCAAAUGAUUUCGAAUGGCAAGACUGCUAAGCUCUUUCUCGGGAGUCCCUACCGUGCCGGCGAUGAACCAGACCCUGGAGCCGGUUCUAUUGAGAACAUCCCGCAUAAUCCACUACACGUCUGGACUGGGGAUAAUUUCCAGCGAAAUCUAGAAAACAUGGGAAAUUUCUACUCAGCUGGAAGAGAUCCAAUAUUUUUCGCUCAUCACUCCAACGUUGAUCGAAUGUGGACGAUAUGGAAAACAUUAGGAGGUAAGCGAACUGAGUUCACUGAUCCUGAUUGGCUUGAUGCAGCGUUUCUUUUAUACGACGAGAAUGCCAAUCUUGUUCGUGUAAAGGUUCGGGACUGUAUUGACCAUAAAAAACUAAGAUAUGCUUAUCAAGAAGUUGAAAUUCCUUGGCUGAAAUCCAGGCCAACACCAAGAAGGUUAAUCAAGAAAAUGGCUAAGGUUUUUCAUCACCAUGACCAGGUAGCUCAAGCAGCUGAAACACAGAAUUUGACACCAACAAAUUCAUUCCCUUUAAAGUUGGAUAAAGUGAUACGCACUAUGGUUAGUAGGCCAAAGAAAUCAAGAAGCAAGAAAGAGAAAGAAGAGGAAGAGGAAAUUUUAGUGAUAAAUGGGAUAGAGUUUGAAAGAGAUGCAGUGGUGAAGUUUGAUGUGUAUGUAAAUGAUGAGCAUGAUUCACCAAGUGGACCAAACAAGUCUGAGUUUGCAGGAAGCUUUGUGAAUGUGCCACAUGCACAUAAACAUGGGAAGAAAAUGAAGACAUGUUUGAGAUUAGGGAUUACAGAUUUAUUGGAGGAUUUGGGCGCCGAAGAUGAUGAUAAUGUGGUGGUGGCCUUGGUGCCUAGGAUUGGCAAGGGUCAGGUUAGAAUUGGUGGUAUCAAAAUUGAAUUGGCUCAAGAUUGAUUAUCAUGAGCAAAUAAUACAAUCGUUCAUAUAUAUAUAUAUAUAUAUAUAUAUAUAUAUAUAUAUAUAUAUAUAUAUAUAUUGUGAUGCUUUUUUUUUUGUUGACAAGGAGUGUGAUGUUUUUUUUUUUUAUUAUUAUUUUUUCUUUGUGGUUGAUAAGGAGUGUGAUGCUGUUCUUUUUAUUAAUUGAAUUUUAAUUGAAAAGUAUAAUAUUGAUUC